AUGCAUGAAUACGUCCUCGUAAAUACGGAUGGUAUGUGCCAAAUCAGCGCAGCUGAAACAGUGAGUCCAUCCUCUGGAUUCACUCUUGUCUCAGAAAAGCACAAUUUCGCUAUUGGUCGGCGAAUAACCCCCGAUCCGCCACCUGGAGAAGUGCCACGUCGCCUCGCAACUAACCAGAAAGAUUCCUCUGUGAGAGAGAUUCGUGGGAUAUAG